GAUUAAAGAAGCAUCGGAGAACUAAUUCCGUCGCCGGAAACCGAACGCCGUUGCCGGAAACAAAAAACCUGAACCGAAAAAAAUGUCAAGCAAGAAGAAACACAAACGAAAACACAGCGACAACGAUGAAGACGACGACGUUUUCUACUACCGCUACUGCGCUUCGUCCUCAACCCCCAACACCACCACCGGCACCACAUCCAGUAAUCAACCCCAAUCAAAACCGAACAACAAAGGAUCAUCAAUAGGAGGAACAGGUGAACCCUUAGCACCAUCAAAAUCGACGCUAUACGUUUCUAAUCUAGAUUACUCCCUAACAAACUCCGAUCUCCAUACGCUCUUCUCUACUUUCGGCCGCAUCGCGCGUGUAACCGUUCUCAAAGACCGUCACACGCGCCUAAGCCGCGGUGUCGCGUUUGUCCAAUUCGUUUCUCGUAAUGACGCCCAACGCGCCGUGGCGGAGAUGAAUAAGAAGAUUCUCAAUGGAAGGACUCUAACUGCUUCUAUUGCUGCUGAUAAUGGACGUGCUCCGGAGUUUAUUCGGAAGCGCGUGUACAAUACUGAGACUGCUUUGUGUUAUGAGUGUGGGGGGCAUGGUCAUUUGUCGUAUGAGUGUCCUAAGAAUCAGUUGGGGCCGAGGCCGCGGCCUCAGCCUAAGAAGCCGCGACGGGGAUUUAGUGGCUGAGGGAGGGAUGGGGAGGAGGAAGGUGAUGAGGAGGAGGAGGAGGGUGGUCAGAUUGCUGCGGAGCAGUUUGACGAUAAUUGGGCUUCUGUUGUGGAUGAUGAAGCGGGUGAAAGGUUGCUGGGGAGAAACAGAAAUGAUGAUGAGGGUUUGGACAACAACAAGACGAAGAAGAAAGGGAAGAAAGCUGGGUAUUUCAGUGAUGAGAGUGAUCAUGAUGAUGAUGAUUGAUCAUGACUAUGUAGCAUUGACACUUCAGAU